GGAUGAGCCGGCCGAUGGAGCACCGGGGUCAUACAUUAAAUCCUGAUUUAACGCUCGUCUUAAAUGACUUCAACAAUCAAGUGGGGAAAAAAAUAAGACAUUAAAUUAAAUUAACUGGUGCACAUUAAUUUACGCCAUUUACGUCGGUGAAGCGGAGCGUGCUCGAGGAGGACGGUGAUGUCAAAUCCCCGCGCGUGCACCGAGUGUUUUCUGUCUUUUCUCCAGAAACACCGGAGAUGAAGCCCUCGCUCGAAGGACGACGGCCACCAUGCAAAGAGGCGUUCAAGGUCCCACGAAGCGGCAGUUAAAGAACUCUCCAAUGCCGCGCACUCGGUAGAGGGAUUUUUUAAAUUUAUUUUUUAUUUUAAUGGAAACUGGACUGCAAAGAAGAGCCGGGUGACUGAAAGUGGGAUUAUUGAACACUCCGGUUAUGGUGUAUUUUUUUCGGCUGAGGACAACCACCCCAAACGUGGACCAGAGUGUCCGUUUUUCCCGGUGUUGUAACGCUACAAACCAGGAACCGCGAACCGAGUAACGCUACUUAAUAUCAUUUAUAUAUCCUUUGCGUUAUUUUACCACCAGGACCGCUUUUUUUUGGCGGGGUAGAGAGGGGUUUGUUUCUUUCGACAUGUUAUAUUUGCAUGUAAAAAAAGAAAGAAGAUAAUAUUACUUCGCAAGCUUAACGUGGUUAUAAAUCACAGCACCCUUCCCUGUCAGCGUUGCCCCGAAUUUCAGUCCCGCGAUGUUAAUCCUCCCUUGCGAGGAGCCGUCCUCCGUCACCAUGCAUGCCCGGACACGUUCGCUUUGGUGAAGCCGACAAACAAAACACACAAGAAUGCACCUGAGGGCAUAAACGUCACCGGCACCGGCACCGAGCCCAAUGUCUGGACCGAGAGCGGCUCCGUGGCCGUGAGAGCCUCACACCAAGCGGCUUUAGUCGGACACAGAGCGCGGGAGAGAGCGGAGGGGGGGAACCAGGAGCUGAAGCUUCAGGAGCCGACUCACACCGCCCUCAAGAGACCCGAGAGGAGCGUGUUUGACUCAACUAAAGCCUCCAACAUCCUGCAAAAAUGGGGGAGCAGCCCAUCUUCAGCACCCGGGCCCACGUCUUCCAAAUCGACCCGAGCACCAAGAAGAACUGGGUCCCCACCAGUAAACACGCCGUCACCGUCUCCUACUUCUUCGACAACACCAGGAAUGUGUAUCGGAUCAUCAGCCUGGAUGGAACCAAGGCCGUCAUCAACAGCACCAUCACGCCCAACAUGACCUUCACCAAGACGUCGCAGAAGUUCGGCCAGUGGGCCGACAGCCGGGCGAACACCGUGUACGGCCUCGGCUUCUCGUCCGAGAGCAACCUGGCCAAGUUUGCAGAAAAGUUUGCCGAGUUCAAGGAGGCGGCGAGGUUAGCGAAGGAGAAGUCUCAGGAGAAGAUGGAGCUCACCAGCUCUCCCUCCCAGGAGUCGGUGGCAGGUGACCUGCUGUCACCUUUGACCCCGGAGAGCAUCAACGGCACAGACGACGAGAGGGCCUCGCCUCAGCACGCCGAACCCCGAGCACCGCCUUCCCAGAAUGCACUGUGCUUCUCUCACAGUUCGUCCAACGUCAACAAGCACUGGGAGGCGGAGCUGGCGGCGCUCAAGGGGAACAACGCCAAGCUGACGGCGGCGCUGCUGGAGUCCACGGCCAACGUCAAGCAGUGGAAGCAGCAGCUGGCGGCGUACCAGGAGGAGGCGGAGCGGCUGCACAAGCGGGUGACGGAGCUGGAGUGCGUGAGCGGCCAAACCCCGGUGAUCCAAUCCCAAAAGACGGAACUCAACCAGACGAUAGAGGAGCUGGAGUCGGCCCUGAGGGCCAAGGAGGAGGAGCUGGAGAGGCUGAGAGUGGAGGUGGAGGUGGAGGUGGAGGUGGAGAGCGCCGACGAGUUCCCGUCUCAGAAGGACUCCCUGACGCAGAAGCUGCAGGACACGGAGGCCAUGAACCAGGCGCUGGAGGCCCGGCUCGGCGAGCUGGAGCGGCGGCGGCGGAGCGAGCAGCGGGAGCGGGCGGCGUUCCGCCAGAGCCUCCGAUCGCUGCUGCAGCUGCUGGACGGGAAGCUGCUGGAGCUGACGGAGCUGCGGGACGCGCUGGGCAAGCUCCUGGAGAGCAGCUAGGGCGGAGGAGACGCGGCUAGGGUGGAGGAGACGUGGCUAGGACCAAGGAAACACAGCUAGGGAGGAGGAAAUGCAGCUAGGGUGGAGGAGACGUGGCUAGGGUGGAGGAGACGCGGCUAGGGUGGAGGAGACGUGGCUAGGGUGGAGGAGACGCAGCUAGGGUGGAGGAGACGUGGCUAGGGCCGAGGAAACACAGCUAGGGCGGAGGAAAUGCAGCUAGGGUGGAGGAGACGUGACUAGGGUGGAGGAGACGCAGCUAGGGUGGAGGAGACGCAGCUAGGGUGGAGGAGACGUGGCUAGGGUGGAGGAGACGCGGCUAGGGUUGAGGAGACGUGGCUAGGGUGGAGGAGACGCGGCUAGGGUGGAGGAGACGCAGCUAGGGUGGAGGAGACGCAGCUAGGGUGGAGGAGACGUGGCUAGGGCGGAGGAGACGUGGCUAGGGCGGAGGAGACGUGACUAGGGUGGAGGAGACGCAGCUAGGGCGGAGGAGACGUGGCUAGGGCGGAGGAGAUGUGGCUAGGGCGGAGGAAACACAGCUAGGGCGGAGGAGACGCAGCUAGGGUGGAGGAGACGUGACUAGGGCUGAGGAAACACAGCUAGGGCGGAGGAGACGCAGCUAGGGUGGAGGAGACGUGACUAGGGCCGAGGAAACACAGCUAGGGCGGAGGAGACGCAACUAGGGUGGAGGAGACGUGACUAGGGCCGAGGAAACACAGCUAGGGCGGUGGAAAUGCAGCUAGGGUGGAGGAGACGUGGCUAGGGCCGAGGAAACGAAAUUGAGUGCGUCGUCACCGACAUGCAACUUGAGAGAGAGAGAGAGAGAGAGAACGCCGUUUGCUGGGAUUUGUUGUUGUUGUUGUUGUAUUUUGCUCCGAGUCAGUGGAUUAGAGGCGAGCUGCGUGUCACCGGACUGACUGAUUGUUCGCUUCCCUCCAUCUUCUCUCUUCACUCGCGAGUCGGACUCGAGCUUUUCCCACGCUCCGAUUCCUCGAGAGUCGGUCGGCCUCUGGAGGCUGAAGACGAAGAGGCGAAGAGGCGAAGAGACUAAAGGUUCCUCCUGUGACUGAACUCCACCGAGGGACUGCCAAAAAAAGACUCACACUUUGUUUGUGUUUCUUUAAAGGGCCGGCGAGGACAUCCGUCUGAUAUUCUUAUCCCAUAUAUGAGCAAUAUGAAUAAAAAAGGGAGCAUCAGAGGGUAAAUAAACUCGUCUCUCACCUUCAGGUACUUUUACUCCUCGGAUACGUUUAGACCACAAGCGAGAUGUAACUCACUUUCUUUAUAUACUAUUCUUUUUUUAAAGAAUAUAUACAAAUUCAUAGUGCACUUGUAAAAAUGGAGUUUGUGUGCGUGAAUCUUUCUCGUUUCUGUUGGAGUGCAGCGAUUGAAUCCUUUUUAGUUUUGUUAAUUUAUUACUAAAUAUUUCUGAAGAUGAAAGUCAAACACAUGCAAAGAUCUUUAUUUGAAUUUUUGUUUUCACUUUUUUUUAAUGUCUGGUUUGUUGGUUGUUGACUGGUAGUUUUGUUGUUUUGGAAAAACUGGCAAUAUUUUUGAACUUUUUAUGAAAAUGAAAUGAAUAUAAAGAAGGCGGUUGCCGGUCGGAUUUGGAGAGAAUCUUCUUUCUUUUGCCAAAUAGUUUUUUUCUUGUACAGAAUUGAGCGGCUGCCGUUGCCUUCGGUCCGGAGACGAGACGACUAGCGCGACUUUAUUUUUUGUGGGAUUUACUAUUGCCAAAAAUUUGUAUAAGAAUAGUACACACACACACACACACACACACCUGAAGAACACUAUUUAAGGGCUUGUUGUUGGUUCGGGUUCAUUUGGGAGACUUGAAAUGAUUUUAGCGGCGGCUUUAUCGUGUUGAAAAUUAUGAAUAUUAAAAAAACAUUUGAAUAAAGACUUUUAAAUGUUGAUUAUAUAUACCACAUGCUUAAAAAACACAAAUUGUAAUUUUGAGUUUAUAGUAAAAAAAAUAAUGCAAAUCGU